CUUUUUUACGGUCAGGGGAUGGAAUGGGGACACGUCGUGAGAGACGGCCCAUGUUCGCCUUCGAUCGCUUGAGAAACCCAAACCCAAAAACCGUCAGGACUGCCGAACACUCUAAUCUCUCCAGUCGUCUCCUCCGCAACGGUCGCCAUUUUUCCCGGUGAUGUUUACUGGCGGUAAUGUCACCGCUAGGGUUUUCGAGCGUCAGAUUCGGUCUCCUCCUCCCGGUGCCUCUGUGAAUUGCGCGAGACGCUUCUACGAAAACUUAGUCCCGAGCUUCACCCUAUACGACGUUGAAAGCCCCGACCACUCCUUUCGCAAGUUCACCGACGACGGUCUCUUCCUCAUCAGCUUCAGCCGCAACCACCAGGAACUCGUCGUCUACCGCCCUUCUUGGCUCUCCUACUCCUGCUCUAAUGGCGACCACUCCUCCUCCUCCUCCUCCGACAACCUCCCCCGCCGUGCCUCCAGGUUCGACAGCUUCUUCACCCAGCUCUACUCAGUCUCCCUCGCCUCCGCCAACGAGCUCAUUUGCAAAGACUUCUUUCUCUACCUUCAGUCACAUCACUUCGGCCUCUUCGCUACCUCCACUGCUCAGAUCCACGACUCCGCUCCUUCCCCAGGUGCUGUUACCGGCGUUCCCUCCAUCGACAAGAUCACUUUCACCCUUCUCCGUUUGGACGAUGGCGUGAUCCUCGACGAGAGGGUUUUCCUGCAUGACUUCGUCAACUUAGCUCAUAACAUGGGCGUCUUUCUCUACGAUGAUCUUCUAACGAUUCUGUCCCUGCGGUUCCAGAGAAUUCACGUGUUGCAAAUUAGGGAUUCUGGUAAUCUCGUCGAUGUUCGUGCUAUUGGGUAUUUCUGCCGUGAGGACGAUGAGCUCUUCAUUGAUUCAAAUUCUCAGGGAAUGACGACUCGGGAUAAGAACAAACUACAAACCAUACCUGGAAACAGUGGAGACCAUUCUGAGAAUGGCUUGCACGAAACCCAGCCAAAUGCUGAGAAUUCGUCGUUUCUCAGUGGCAUUAAGCAACGGCUACUCUCAUUCAUUUUCAGAGAGAUUUGGAACGAGCAAUCCGAUAAGACGCUGAGGGUUCAAUGCCUGAAGAAGAAGUUCUAUUUCCAUUUCCAGGACUAUGUCAAUUUGAUUAUUUGGAAGGUGCAAUUCUUGGAUCGUCAUCACUUGCUAAUCAAAUUUGGCAGCGUAGAUGGAGGGGUAGCAAGAAAUGCUGAUCAUCAUCCGGCAUUUUUCGCCGUGUAUAAUAUGGAGACAACCAACAUUGUUGCAUUCUAUCAGAACUCAGCGGAGGAACUUUACCAAUUGUUUGAGCAGUUCAGUGAUCACUUCAUGGUAUCAAGUAGUUUGCCAUAUAUGAACUUCAUAACAUCACACUCAAACAACGUACAUGCUCUUGAACAGCUCAAGUACUUGAAGAACAAAACAAGCAGUUUUUCACAGUUUGUGAAGAAGAUGUUGGUGUCAUUGCCUUUCAGUUGCCAGUCACAGAGUCCUUCCCCGUACUUUGACCAAUCUCUCUUCCGGUUUGAUGAAAAGUUAAUCUCAGCAGCAGACAGGCACAGGCAGUCAACAGACCACCCGAUCAAGUUCAUAUCGAGAAGACAACCACAAACACUGAAGUUCAAGAUAAAACCAGGGCCGGAGUGCGGAAGCACAGAUGGUAGGAACAAGAAGAUAUGCUCUUUCCUGUUCCACCCGCAUCUGCCACUGGCCAUUUCAGUUCAGCAGACACUCUUCAUGCCCCCUUCCGUAGUCAACAUCCACUUUCGGCGUUGACUCUCGCAGCGAUUGUAUGAUUUCUGUACACGUUAUGUAACUUGUAGAGAGGGUAACAAAAGAAAAAACAAACAUUUGUAAUAAUAGGAUGAUUUAGUUUCAUCACACGAGAGAGUGUAAAGAGAGGUUCCAUUGGUCAAUACUCUGAUUUGCCCUGGAACUUGUAUGGAGUUGAGUUAGUUUCAUAUCAUUUUGCA